UUUUUUUAAUAUUUAUGCAAUGGUCAAUGUGGACAUAGAAUACUGCGGCACUUGCAACUUUUCGAUGCAAUGCCAGAUGUUGCGGCAGUUUCUGGUGGAUGCGGCGCCAGGGGUACAGGUUGCGUGUCACCAGGGACGACGCGGAUCGUUUGAGGUGACCAUUGACGAUCAGCUGGUGCACUCGAAACUGGCCAGCCUCGCCUUUCCCCAGCAUCAGAGCGUGCUCGACCAGGUGCAGCGGGCAGAGGCUGGCCAGGCCCUGGAAACAGUUCAAGCGGCGCCCAUCAAGGACUGCAGCAUCAUGUAACGGAUAUAAUUAAUAAAUGUAUAUAUACUAUGUAGAAAGAAAACUAAAUAUAGGAAUUGAAUAUCAAACAA